AACUAUUCAACCUGUAGCUGCUGCGAGGAGUGCGCGCGCGUGCCGGAUAAAGUGGGUUGCUAUGGCGAUCAUCAGUCAGUGAACGAGCGUGAGCACUAUGUGAACUGUCACCUUCAUACACACCUAAAACAAAAAGAAAUACACCGAGGAGGAGAGAAAGUGGACAAAAGGAGGAUUUUUUCUUUUUUUUUUCUUUUUUGCAGGGGAUUUUUCUUCCUGCUCAUUAAGCAUUCGUCCAUAGCAGUGACUGUACGACAUUGAGAGACAUGUUUCCUCAUCACUUGGUAGUUUUGUGUUCUUUGACCCUGUUCGUGCUCCGGAUCCCGGCGCAGAAAUCCAACGGUCAGCGGUGGUUGAUUGGGGAUAGAGACAGCCACUGUUCCCAUCCCUGCACAAAAACUCAAUCCAAACCAGUGUGUGGCUCAGAUGGACGCAGUUACGAUACUAUCUGUGACCUGCAGAGGGCAAAAUGCAAGGAUCGCACACUGACGCUAGCCCACAGGGGCCGGUGCAAAGGUAAGAUCUAUGGCCGGAUUGAUCAGUCAUUUAUACAUACUGCUCCCACGCUGGUAUCAGAAGGUAAAGAGCUAGAAAUCAAAGAUUCAGGCCAGUCAAAGUGCUUUGUGGAGAGGAGCCAGGCUCUGGAGCAAGCCAAGUUCCCACCGGAGUCCAUCUUCAUCCCAGAGUGCAACGAAGACGGGACGUUCGCCCAGGUCCAGUGCCACACACUUACAGGUUACUGCUGGUGCGUAACCACAGAUGGCAAGCCUAUCAGUGGCUCCUCAGUGCAAAACAAGACUCCGGUGUGCUCAGGAAACUUCCAUGAAUUUAUGGGAACUCAUGCUGGGACGAGUGGAACGACAGGUUCAGUAACUGAUAAACCUCCUGGACCACCUAGCUCUGGCAGAAAAGUCUCUUUCCGGUUCUUUCUCACCCUCAACCCAGAUGAUGGCUCCAAACCCACACCAACGAUGGAGACCUACAUCGUCCCAGACGGCGAAGAGAUCAUAGCACCCACACUGAGGGAGAAGCAGCUGCCCACCAACAAGCAGAACAUCUCCAGCAGCAGAAAGCCAGAGAAAGUUCCGUCUUGUGACCAAGAGAGACAGAGUGCACUCGAGGAAGCUCGACAGAACCCGAAAGAGGACAUCUUUGUCCCAGACUGUGGACCGCAUGGCCUGUUCAAGCCUGUGCAGUGUCACCAGUCCACCGGCUACUGCUGGUGUGUACAGGUAGAGACAGGACGACCCAUACCCGGAACCUCAACCAGAUAUAAAAAGCCAGAGUGUGUAUUCCCUUCCUCCGUGUCUGAUAUGGAGGAUCCUUUCAGAGACAGAGAGCUGAAUGGCUGUCCAGAUGGACAGAAAGUAGAAUUCAUAACAGGCUUGUUGGAUGCCCUAACGACAGACAUGAUAAACACCAUUAACUCACCAACUCCCUCUGGUGGUGUGAGAUUUGCAGAGCCUGAUCCGAGCCACACUCUGGAGGAGCGUGUGGUACAGUGGUACUUCUUUCAUCUGGACAACAACGGCAGCCAUGACAUCAGCAAGAAGGAGAUGAAGCCCUUCAAACGUUUUUUGAAAAAGAAAGCCAAGCCUAGGAAAUGUGCCCGCAAGUUCACUGAUUAUUGUGACUUGAACAAGGACAAGGCCAUUUCUCUGCAGGAGCUAAAAGGAUGCCUUGGGGUCAAUAAAGAAGGUACUACAACAAGCAGCAGCAGUCAGGGGACAAGGCAAGGAACUAAUUUGUUCACAGGCCGUCUAGUGUGAGGACACAAGCUUCCAGAAGAUGAGCCAAGAAUUAAAAAGAAGACAGGCUGACGACUUGAACAGAAAGAGAGAAAAAAAGAGGAGGUUCCUAAAGAAGAAGAAGAAGAAGAAAAAGCUUAAAUGAUAAAGUUGGAGCCAAAAUAUUUGCACUUUCUUCUCCCAUCGGUAGACAUUUGCUCUGUCUCUGAUUUUGUUGUAAACAUUUUCUGACUUUAAGACGUCUGAUGUACGUGGACAAAACUUUGUAUAAGGAAAUGGCACUCGUACACGUGGCUGACUGCCUGCUUCCAACCCACGCGGCACGUAAUAAGUGUAUUAUCAUGUGUGUUCAAGAAUACUAAACACACCGCGAGGUCUAGUCAGUAUUAUACAUCACAGCAGAUUUUAAUCACAAAACCUUCCAUGUAGUCUUCUGAAAUAGCUGUCAUAGUUGCACAUAGCCAGUUGUUUUUUUUUUUUGUUUUUUUUUUUUUAUUAAGAUCACUUGUUUUAUUUUUACAUCGUAUGUACAGCAUUUGGACGAAGCAAGAACAGAACACAACGUGGUUUACACCUUCUGAGUAACUAAUCAUGAGCAUAACGCACACGUUAAUGCAGUAGCUGCAUAUCACAUGUCCUGGUGAGCUUUAUCCGAAAUAAUACAUAAAGAUAACGUGACAUAUGAUGAAAGAUCAUUUUGUUUAAAAUCCAUUAGUAAUUAGUAACCACUUUAUUAGGUACAACUGCUUAUUCAUGCAAUUAUCCAAUCAGCAGAUCAUUAAAAAAAACAGCCUUAACAUAAUAAUAAUAAUAAUAAUAAUAAUAAUAAUAAUAAUAAUAACGUCUACAUAACUUGUUCUCUUCCACAGAACAUGUAUAUCUUCAUAAUAACUUCAUAACACAUGUAUAAGAUUAGAAUAACAUUCUCUGUAAUAAUUCCUCGUAAAAUACAUGAGGUUUUUUAACACACUGUAGAAAAUAAACAGGCUUUUUUUUAACAUAAGAGGUAACCAUUUGCUAAUUUGCCUGUUAAGAUCCUUCACAGAACAGCUCGUAGAAGAAACUGAUGCAAACACAUACUUGUUCAUGCUGUUAGUUCAGCUUCUGUAAUAAAAUGUCUCCUCAGUGAUAAACAUGACUUACACAUGGCUUACAGUGAACACAGCAUGAGCAAGUUUCUCUCAGGUUUCAUUUCCUGAGAAGCUGAACGAUUCCUACACACACAGCAGUACGGUCACGUUGGAUCAUUGAAUUUAUUUAUAGAAAUUCAUAAUAUAUUAGCGGCACGUGAGAAUAUAAAGCGAGCUCUAUACCGGCUUAACGUUUUUGUUUUUUUACUCGAGUGAACACACAUUGCAGGAUGUAAGCUAUCAACUAAAUUAUUAUUAUUAAGACUUGCAAAGAAUCCAUAUUUCCGUGUUUACUGAAAGUGCUUUUAAAAAUAUACAUGCUUUUUAAAAUCGAAGCAAAACUUUUCCAUCAGAUGCUCUUGAUACAGAAACCUAAAACCUGCACUCUCAGGAUCUACUAUUUGACCAGUCCUUCUCGUUCACGGAGCAUUUAACAGAAAAACAUACACCUAUAGCUUAUAUAACAUUAUGUCACAUUAUGCAUUUGUCACAUGUGCCACGUAUCAAUGGUAACAUUAUUUUUUACAUUCUUAUAGGCGUUAACUGAUGCUUAUAGAUGUGUUACGAAGUCCUUAUGUAGAUCCUUUAAAUGAAUGCUUAGAAGAAGAAGAAGAAUGAAAAAAUAUCCCAGAACUUCAUGUGAUGUGAUCUUUCUGAUGGAGGAAAGAUGGUGUGUGUGUGUGUGUGUGUGUGUAUGGAGAUGUCCUUAGAUGUGAUUGCUUUUGGCUUGUGAAAGGAAAAAAUGAAGCAGUGAAGUUGUAAAUAUGUAUCAUAUGUGCUUUUUGGUCUUUUCAGUUUUUCAGCAUCUGUCAUGCAGCGGUUUUACUAAACACAGUUUUUGCCAUCAUUUAGAACCUCGUUGGAGUAAAUUGUGUAAUUAAAGUGUUUUGCCCUCAUCGUGGGUUUGUUUGAAAGUUUGUUCAUUCCAUUUAAAUGCGUGUUUUUGAAAAUACACAUUUCUAAUGUAA